AUGGUUAAGCUCAGAAGGCUAGCAAUUUCAUCUGAAUCAAAUUGUGGCAACUGGGACUUUGAGGUGAAAGAUGGCGUAUUCGUUGCCUCGGUGACAGCUGUGGUGAAGAGAGAGCAGAUCUGGCAACUCUGUCAUCAAAACUCCUCCUUCUCCUCUAUUGCUUCUGAUUUUACAGACGUAACUCUCAGUUUUUCAAGUCUCAGAUCUGUUUCCUCACCAUCUCCUCAACAUCCACUUCUAAUAAACGACUUUAUCAUCCAAGGUGUCCGAAAGCUCAAGAGAUCCGAACUCGAGGCUGCUUGUGAAGACUUUACCAACGUGAUUGGUUCAGCUUCGAAUUGUACUUUAUAUAAGGGCACGUUGUUGAGAGGAGUUGAGAUAGCAGUCACUUCCGUUGCCAUGUCAUCUGAGAAGGACUGGUCUAGCAAUCUCGAAAGCCAGUUCAGAAAGAGGAUUGACUCGCUAUCGAAAGUGAAUCACAAGAACUUCGUCAGCCUACUCGGUUUCUGUGAGGAGCAGGCGCCCUUCACGAGAAUGAUGGUUUUCGAGUAUGCUCCCAACGGGACUCUGUUCGAGCACAUUCACAUAAAAGAAGCCGAACACUUGGACUGGACAACGCGACUGAGAAUCGCGAUGGGAAUCGCGUACUGCCUCGAGCAUAUGCACCAAUUAACACCUCCAUUAGCCCACAAAAGCCUGACCUCCUCGUGUAUCUGUCUAACCGAAGACUACGCUGCCAAAGUGUCGGACAUCGCCUUCUGGGAUGAGGGCGCUGCAGCAGCAGAGAGGCAAACGGAUCCACAGAGCAACGUCUACAGCUUUGGCGUGAUACUGUUUGAGAUGAUCACGGGCAGGCUCCCGUACACCGCGGGUAGUGACACUCUCGAAGACUGGGCGUCGGACUACCUCAGGAGAACGCAACCGCUGAGGGAAAUGGUUGACCCGACUUUGGGAACGUAUUGGGAAGAUCAGGUCGAAGAGAUCGGUGAGGUGAUCAGGUGGUGCGCGGAUGAGAGGCCAUCCAUGAAAGAGGUGUGCACGAGGCUGAGAGUGAUCACCGGGAUAGGGCCGGACGAGGCCGUCCCGAAACUGUCGCCCCUGUGGUGGGAGGAGCUUGAGAUUCUGUCGACUGAGGCCAACUAAGGUGGAGAUGGAAUUGUAACAGAAAAAUGAGACAUAUUGAUUUUCUUUAUUGUAUAUAACUUUUGAUUUCAAUUAUUGUUAGGUAUAUUCAUUGUUAA